AUUGAUUUUAUUUUUAACUGAUUAAAUUUAUUUACGUCAUGCGCCGCUUACCCUAACCUCAACUUUCCAUGUUAACCUAAAAUAUGUUUAGUUGAAACGGCCCCAAUUUGAAAACAAAAAUGACGAAUAGUGAAAAAAGAUUGGACUACUCAAAUAAAGUAAUUUUAGCUCCCAUGGUGCGAGUGGGGACGCUUCCUAUGCGACUGUUGGCAUUAGAAUAUGGGGCUGACAUCGUCUACUCUGAGGAACUGGUGGAUUGGAAGUUCUUAAAAUCAAUUCGACGAGUGAACGAUGUGUUGGGAACCGUGGAUUACAUUGACAAAUCUGAUGGCACAAUUGUAUUUCGAACCUGUGACAAAGAAAAGGACAGGGUGGUGCUACAAAUGGGCACCUGCGACCCGGAAAGAGCACUAAAGGUGGCCAAAAUGGUUGAAAAUGAUGUGGCAGGCAUAGACAUAAACAUGGGAUGUCCCAAGGAGUUUUCAGUGAAAGGAGGAAUGGGGGCAGCUUUAUUAUGCAACCCUGAGCUGGCCACAAACAUCCUUUCAACUCUUGUAAGCAAUGUAAAAAUUCCAAUUACAUGUAAAAUAAGAGUGUUUGAGGAUUUAAAUAAAACUCUAGAGUUGGUUAAAAAAUUUGAGGCAACUGGAAUUUCAGCAAUUGGCGUGCAUGGUAGGACAAAAGUGGAAAGGCCUCAACACCCCAACAGGAAUCACACUAUAAAAGCAAUAACUGAAGCUGUGAACAUCCCCGUCAUUGCAAAUGGGGGAUCAAGGGAGAUUGACUGGUACACAGACAUAGAAAAGUUUAGAAACAUGUGUGGGGCUAGCAGUGUUAUGAUUGCCAGAGCUGCUGAAAGCAACUGCUCAAUAUUUAGGAAAGAGGGGCUCAAAGAACUGGACAGUGUGAUAAAAGAUUAUUUAAAAAUUUGCGUUGACUACGAUAACUCACCCAAUAGUACAAAGUACUGUGUUCAAAAUAUGCUUAAGGAAUUGCAAGAGACCCCCAGGGGGAAGAAAUUCUUAGAAUGUCAGACUCUGGAACAGAUUUGCUCAAUUUGGGGUUUAGGAGAAUACUGUAGGCAAAAACAAUUAGAAUUUCAGUCAAAGGGGAUAUUAAGUAGAAGGGAAGUAACACCAGACAUGUUCGAUCCGAAAAAGAAACGGCGGAAAACUGAGGAAGACGACGAUGUCAUCAAAUUAAAAUGUGCGUUUAUUAGAGUCAAUUAUCCAACGGAUACAGAUCUUCCUAAGUCAAAAAUCAUUGCCUAUUGCGGCAAGAAUAAAUUGAAAACCCCUGUUUAUAAAAUUAUAAAUGAGGACAAGCUUUUCAGGGCUAUAUGCUGCUUUCAGGAUAAAAAGUAUAGUUCUUCUUAUUGGGAGAAGAACAAGAGGUUUGCAGAACAAGGUGCUGCACUAGUUUGUGCUGUGAGUUUGGGACUAAUUGAAAAGGAACAACUUGUUAAAGAUGGGAGUAUCUUAGAAUAAGUGUUUUAAUAUAAAUCAGUUUUUAAUAA